CAACAUCAAAAAACACUUCACCCAUGGGGAGAUGCACUCCUCCUCAGUCCGGGUUGGCAGCAAAGACUUUAUCAUGGCAAGACAGCUUCCAGCCACCAGCGUCAGCACUGAGCGCCAUGAUUCCAUGGCCAGCACUCCAGACUCUCCCUUGGAUUUUACGUGGUUGAUUGACUAGCUAGCUAGCUACACCACUCGCAUGUUAUUGGAACAAGAUGGGGUUUUCUUAUUUUUUUUCAGGAAAUAUUGCUAAGAUGCCUGCUUUACCUCUGCUGACGGUGCCAACUUAAAUCCUGGAGCAAAUUCACAUCACAGCUUCAUGUUCUCUCUGUGUGAGGCAGAGUGAGCGGCGGAGAGGAGAGAGCACAUCAGAGUCCCGUGGUAACAGCAGGACCACGUACCACUUGGCCGAGAGAUCGAUGCAUUUAUGCCAAGCCACACAGGAAGGUUGAGCGGCCCGUAGGACGUCCGUGUACUGCCACAGAAAGAGAGAGCGAAAGAGAGAGGAGCCAAAGGGACAGCAAGAGAGAGAGAGGGAAGAAGAUUAUCCAAGGCCAAUUUAAAGGCUUUCAGCUGGUCACUCGGAGCAGGCAGUAAGAGAUAAACAAAUGUUUAAUUCAGACUUGCGCCUGACCUUUUCAAGACACUGAGCUGCAGCCCAGAGGACCAACACUAAAAGGAUCAACUCUGGUGGGUGCCCUCAAGGUGCAGAGUCAGAGAGAGACUGGCAACAAGAGAACAAAGUACUCACAGAAAAGGUGCGAGUGGACAGGAGUGGUGAGGUUUCUUCCCAGCAUGCAACUGGCACAGCAACAUAACAGGGCUACUGUGCCCACAGCAGGCUGGAUCCUAGUUUUGGCUCUGUUUCUUGCUCUACAGGGUGCCGCUCAUGCUGCUCCAUCAGGAGACAACAAGCUGGUUCGUACCACCAGAGUGAGGAGACAGACCCCAGGGGGGAAUCAGCCCCCCUUUGCUUCCUCAGUCAACGAAACCCUGCGGGAGCAACCUGUGGUCUUUAACCAUGUCUACAACAUCAAUGUACCCUUGGAGUCUCUGUGCUCUGUCGACCUGGAUGCCUCCGCGCCACCUGCCCCCGGUGAUGGUUCUCGUGCCGAGUUGGGGUCCACACCUUCUGUAGAUGGUCCAAUGGAUCCAAAUGGACCAACGGAAUACACUGAGCAGACGCUGGAUGCUGACAGCCAGGUAACAUUUACUCACCGCAUCAACAUCCCAAAAGCUGCAUGUGGUUGUCCAGCAACAACCACAAUCCAGCAACUUGCCACCAGGGUGGAGAUGCUAGAGAGAGAAGUUUCCUUGCUCAGAGCUCAGUGUGGGUCCGGAUGCUGUGGGGAGAGCUCAGCCAUGGGUCAUAUGGACUUUGUCCCAGGCUGCAGUGGCCAUGGCAGCUUCAGCUUCGACCUGUGUGGCUGCAUCUGUGAGGAAGGUUGGUCCGGAAAAAACUGUUCGGAGCCUCGCUGCCCAGACGACUGCUCCGGCCAGGGGGUGUGCGUGGAAGGGGAGUGCGUGUGUGACCGUGACUUUGGAGGCGACAACUGCUCAGAGCCGCGGUGCCCUUCAGACUGCUCGGGUCGCGGGUUGUGUAUCGACGGGGAGUGUGUGUGCGAAGAGUCCUUCACUGGCGAAGACUGCAUGGUCGGGAGGUGUCUUAACGACUGCUCGGAUCAGGGACUGUGCACCAACGGGACGUGCCAGUGCAGGCCUGGGUACGUGGGAGAGGACUGCUCGCUGGUCUACUGUGCCAACAACUGCAGCAAGAAGGGAGUCUGCAAGGAGGGAUUCUGUGUCUGCCAGGAUGGAUUUGCAGGAGAUGACUGCAACUCUGUGGCACCGGCCAUGAACGUGAAGAUACGAGGCGUGACUGAUAACACUGUUGACGUGGAGUGGGAGGGGUCAGUUGUGAUGACAGAUUUCUUAGUGACCUACACACCAAGCAGCCCUGGAGGUGUGCAACUUGAGAUAAGGAUUCCAGGCAAUACCACCACCUGCACUAUCUCGGGCCUGGAGGCAGGCAUGGAGUACAACAUCAACGUGUUCGCUGUCAUUAACAACAGCAUCAGCGUCCCCGCCAGCAUUACUGUUUCGACCUAUCUCUCCAAUCCAGAUGGUUUAGUCUUCAAAUCUAUCACAGAGACGUCGGUGGAGGUCCAGUGGUUACCCUUCUACUAUUCCUUCGAUGGAUGGGAGAUCAGCUUCAUCCCCAAGGACAAUGAUGGAGGGAUGACUGCACAGCUGCCCAGCACCAUCACUUACUUUUUGCAGACUGGUUUGAGACCAGGGGAGGAGUAUACCAUUAACCUGGUGGCGCUCCGAGACCAGGGUCGAAGCCAGCCGGUCACUGCCACUGUCACAACAUUGAUCGAUGGCCCCACUCAGCUGAUUGUGCGGGACGUGUCAGACACCGUAGCGUUUGUGGAGUGGACACCACCAAAAGCAAAGAUUGAUCAGAUCGUGUUACGUUACGGCCUGGUGGGAGGAGAGGGUCCACGGACCACCUUCCGCCUCCAGCCCACACUCAGCCAGUACUCCCUGCAGGUUUUGCGUCCUGGCUCGCGUUACCAGGUGUCUGUGAGUGGAGUGAGAAAAGGAAAUGAAAGCGGAUCCAUUUCCACUGAAUUUACUACCGAGAUCGAUGCCCCCAAGAACCUGCGGCUUUUGUCCAAGACCUCCACCACCCUGGAGCUUGAAUGGGAAAACAGUGAGGCUGAGGUGGAGGGCUACCAGGUGGUGUACAGCACUUUAGCAGGAGACCAGUAUGAUAAAGUCAUUGUUCCACGCAAUGAGGGAGCCACCACUAAGACCUCCCUCACAGACCUGCUGCCAGGCACAGAGUACGGCAUCGGCAUUUCUGCCAUGAAAGGUAGCAACCAGAGUACACCAGCAACAAUGAACGCCAGGACGGGUCUGGAUGUGCCCAUGGAUCUAACUGUGACGGCUUCUACAGACAACACCAUCUCUCUGGUGUGGGGCGUGGUGCAGGGCCCCAUCGACCAUUACAAGAUCACCUACACAUCCUCCUCUGGCGUCGCUACUGAGCUGACGGUGCCUAAAGAUGUAACCACCACCACUCUGAUGGACCUUGAGCCUGGGACUGAGUACACCAUCACUGUGGCAGCGAGAAGAGGAAGGCAACAGAGCAAUGCAGCUACCAUAGAUGCCUUCACAGGCAUGGACCCACCAAAAGAGAUGAGGGUGUCGGAUGUGACUGAAGACGCAGUGACUAUCUCUUGGAUCAGACCACUGGCCCCAUUUGAAUACUAUAAGCUGUCCUACCAAUCAGCCAGAGGUCGAGUGGACAGCGUGGUGAUUGACAGCGAUGUGACCAACUACACCUUGUCCAGCCUGUUUCCUGCUACAGAAUAUGAAAUCAGCCUCAACGCUGUCAGAGGGAGUCAGGAGAGCAAAGUGGUCAGCACCUCCGUCUUCACAGCGAUGGACAUGCCAGCUGAGUUGACAGCUCUCAACAUCACUCCACAAGGAGCCCUGCUGAGAUGGAAUCCACCUGUUUCCAGUGUCGACAACUACGUUCUGACCCUCACACACAACCAGGUGACAGCUGACACUUUCCUUGUGGAAGGCAACACGCAGGAGCACCAGCUGUCCAACCUUAAGCCAAGCACCACCUACUCUGUAGCCCUCUAUGCUACCAAAGGACCCCUCACCAGCGGCACCGUCAUCACCAACCUCCAAACACCCAUGGACGCACCCCUGAACCUCACAGCCAGUGAAGUGAAUCACCGCAGCGCUCUCAUCUCCUGGCAACCGCCAAUCGCAGAAAUUGACAACUACAUGCUUACCUACAAGUCAACCGACGGCAGCCGCAAAGAGCUGAUCCUGGAUGCAGAGGACACCUGGAUUCGACUGGAGGGACUGGCUGAGACCACAGAGUACACUGUCAAGCUCCAGGCUGCAAGGGGACUUGACACCAGCGCUGUAGUCUCCACUACCUUCACUACAGGGAGUCGUCUAUUUGCAACACCUCAGAAUUGUGCCCAACACCUGCUGAAUGGAGAGACGCUGAGCGGGGUCUACACCAUUUACAUCAACAGAGACCCCAGCCAGGGCGUGCAGGUGUACUGCGACAUGACCACUGAUGAAGGAGGCUGGAUUGUAUUCCAGCGUCGUCAGAACGGCCUGACAGACUUUUCCAGGAAGUGGAGUGACUAUCGGGUCGGCUUUGGAAACCUGGAGGAUGAAUUCUGGCUUGGUCUUGACAACAUCCAGAGGCUUGCUGCUCAGGGCCGUUAUGAGAUGAGAAUUGACAUGAGGGACGGACAGGAGUCAGUCUACGCCAAUUAUGACAAAUUCUCCAUUGGAGAUGCGAGAAACCUCUACAAGCUCAGGAUAGGAGAGUACAAUGGCACUGCUGGUGACUCCCUGAGCUACCACCAGGGCCGGCCCUUCUCCACAAAAGACAGAGACAAUGACAUCGCUGUCACUAACUGUGCCUUGUCUUACAAAGGAGCCUGGUGGUACAAGAACUGCCACCGGGCCAACCUCAACGGCAAAUACGGCGAGUCCAGACACAGUCAGGGUAUUAACUGGUACCACUGGAAAGGCCAUGAGUUCUCUAUUCCCUUCGUGGAGAUGAAGAUGAGGCCAUUCAACUUCCGUAGCAUCAGCAGCAAGAGGAGGCGGUCUGCCCCUGUAUAAACAAAGCGCCUCCACCCAGCCCAGAGUCAUAGAUAGAUGGAGUUCGGAUGAGUUUCUGCUAUCUGUGAGCCUCACUGAUGUGCUCUGUAAUGCCUUUUAGUGAGGCUGCAAAGAAAGAGGGUUGUGACAAGAAAGCUACUAAUAUUGUAUUAAUAUUCAGUUGUAAAAUAAUAAAACCUAUUAUUAAUAUACUACCAAUACACAUUAUAACCAUGGAUGAGAUCAUGAAAUAGCAGAGAGGGUGAAACAAUGUCCGAACUCAGGUUGUCUCUGCCCAACUUUAGCUGUCUUUCCCUGCUGUACUUCUACCCAGAUGAUAGAGGACACUGUAUAUAAUUUAUUAAAUACUUUGAAUGAAAAUGGUUUUAUUUCCUGUAAAAAAAAAAAAAAAAAAAUGGAAAGACAAACCAAGCUUUUUUUUCUCUCCUUUAAGUCUGUGAUUUGCCUUUCCCUGGGAUGCGAGGAAAUGUGCUCAGAAAUGCCCUUAAGACUGCGAUAGCUAACGUUAUUUUAACCGUUACGAAAUAAUAACACUUUUAACAAAAAAUAUACUGUAUAUGCCCUUAAAACCCUUAAAUGUAAUAUAUAUAUAUUUUUAUAACUGAUAUUGUGACAAAAGUCCAUCUAUUUAAUAUGAUUUGAUGCCUUGGUUUUUGAGCCCAUAUUAAGGUAAUGUUAUCAUAAAACAUGAUGACAAAUACUGGACAUACAAGACUAAAUUAGCAUCAAAAAGCAAAUUGAACAUCCAGUAUCAUCAUUCACAAAGCAGUGCACCAGCAACAGCUUCAUUACCAUCUAUUUUAUUUUUCUCCGUCUGUGUCAGUGUUGAUUCCUUAAUUAUGAAAUCAUCAAUAUUGAACUUAUUAUUAUUGGUAGCCACACUGGGACAGUAUUUGCACUACGAGAGGGAACACAGCAAAUCUAUUGUUGUUCAUUUAAUUCAAUUAUUUCUUUAGUAGUUCAUGGGCAUUUAAAUAUUUCCUGGACUUUAUUUUCGAGAAAAUUACAAAUGCUUAAUAUCUGUGUCACCUCUGUUGUAGAUGCUGUGGUUGCUUGCAGAGAUGGUGCUGAUAGAUGUAACAUGUAACCAAAGAUCUGCGUAAUAAAGACUGCCUGCUGUUUGGAAAGAUGCCAGUCAGUUCUGUCACCAAAGUCACUGAAGCAGCUUUUUCCUGUAUUAAUGGAUUCUCACUUUUCAGGGACUUUAUGGUAAUCAUGUCCCCUGGCGUUAUGCGUUUAUGCAGUGUGAACACUAAAUUCUAUGCGAAAGAAAGUUAGGGUGGUCAUAGUGCAGAUUUUAUUCUGGCGUCUCCCCCCCCACUGCGAGCUGAAAUGAACUUAACAAAGAAAGCAGAACAGUAGGUGGAGCGGAGCCAAGUCUUUCUUCUGUGCCCUUUUACUCUCGCUAUUUAAGCUCCCCAGUGAAACAACAAAUUCAGCAAACAUGGCAGAGAAUGUAUUCUUUUAGUAGGGCAGGCAUAAUCUGCAGCAUGCCCACCAAGCAUUUUGUUCCAUUCAGUGUUCACACUGAAAGUGUUCAGUGCCAGUGUAUUUAGUUGACUGCAGUUUUCUGGAAAUGGUUUUGUUUUAGUGUCCAGCCUCCUCUUUUGGAGGAAAAUUCUCUCUGCGGAGUUAAACCACAUCCAACUUGCUAAAUCUCCUCUCUGGCUUCAUAUUAUCCAUUAAAACUAAAUGUCCAAUACAAUCAAUGCCACCAUCGCUGCAAGCAACAUUUGUUCUCCUAUAUAUUCAAUAAUCCAAAUAUUAACAGCUGGAAAUCUCAUUAUUAUGUACUUCUGUCAGUUUCUUCAUUUCAGUUAUCCGCUUGAAGCAAACCAGAAAAUCUGGCUUGUGUCAUUGGACUGUGUAUAUUUUUAGUUUGUGUUUUUUGUCCUUUUAGACUUGAAAACAAUGGUGACUCUCCCCUCUAUAAACUACUAAUAUACUCAUGUAGAUAUAGAGUUGAAGGUAAUGUGACUAUUGAAGUUUUCCCCCUUUAGAUGCGAACUAUUCAGAAACUUUCCCCCUUUAACCGCUCUAUUUUUAACCAUUGUUGUGUUAAAGGGCAGAUGGAGCCUACCGCAUGUUGACUGAAUUGCAAUCAAGAGCCUGAUAGUGAAUGACAAAUGUCAUAAGAAUGUAUGACAUACUUCUUUUCUGAUCUGGGUAAAAGGUGCUCUUGAAAUAGGUUGUAAGCUAGAAGAUGCAGAUACUAGAGAUUAACCAGGCCUCUAAGCUGUUGUGGAGACAAUAAAAUUGCCCUCAAGGGCAAAAUAAAAACAACAUAACCUAAAACAUAAUUUAUACAACAUGUGACCUUUCCCAGGUCUGAUUUAUGUUUCAGUGUUAAAGUGACUGUUUCAGAGCCUCUCAUGCAAUCCAUCUCCCACAGUGACUUCUAGUAGACUAGGGAAUUCUCCGUGUACUUAUUUCAUUAACUAUGUAGAUGAAGUUUGCCUCGGUGCAUUUUUGUACAAGGAACAAAGGUCAUGAGGCUUUGCAGAAAAGGAACAGAAUGUUAUUUGUAAUGUGAGGGAUUUCUCUCAUGGCAAACUAUAAAGGUGCUUUUAAAUCUUUCAAGAGGAAAGCUGAUAAAUAUUAUAGUUUAUUUUCCAUAUUUUUCCAAUCAUCAUUCAUGAAUUCAAGCUUUUUCUGUCAAUCAAUGAGAAAACCACAAAAAUAUUUUUUUUGAGUGGAAACGCCUCUGUCCUGCCUUUCAUUUCAGGUUAAUCAUUUUAAUGAUAAUCAUCUUUUUCCAUUGGUAAAAUAGAAAAGAAAAUUUAAAAAAACUUAACGCUUUGAAGUUGAGCAAAUGCAACUUGUCAUGGAAACAACAUGCUGGAAAAUUACACACAAAAGAGCCUGAAUCAUUUUCUAACAUCAAGGUAGAUCAAGUAAUUUGUUUUCCUCAUUGCAGGCCAACUAACUACUUUAAAAAGAAUCUUUUUUGGAGGGAAGGCGGUUUGAAAAGACAAUCUCCUCCAUUAUUUAAAAUUAAAACUUAGUCGGUCACUGGAAUACACACACUGUAUUACUAUUUAUUUCUACUGAGCUUCUUACAGUAAAGGAAACUUGUUCCACUUAUUUAUUUCACUUCUAUUUAUUUUAUUUUCCAGUUACUCUGUGACUGACAUUGCAAAAAGAAAUUACAGUUAAUAAUGACACAUGGUCCUCUAUGAUAUCAAAAGACAAAAAUGCUUUAUUUCAUGGAUUUACUUUUACAAGUAAAUUAACUCAUUUAACCACCAUGUUCGGUGGUAGUUGUUAUAUAAGCCAGAAACUGAAACUGCUUUGAUUUGAAAUCUUGCCAUGAAAUGUAAAUGUUGACAAAUGUGAUCUUGACUGUUUGAAAAGCUCAUAAAUGCUGAAAAUAAGGAUUUAUUGUUGGAUAA